AUGGCAUUUGACGCCUUGCUGCAGCUUCCAAACGCCUUCCGAGGAACCGAAAGCAGAAGCUCUCAACUUUUAUCUGAGUUUAAACUCUUGGAAAAAACCUCACAGGUUUUUUUUCCAUCAGACUAUGCACAUUUCUGCAUCUUGAAUUGUUAUAAAAUAGAAAAACACCAGUUCAACUACUUGUUUGUCUGCCGUUCAACUGUCCUUCAAGCUAUUGCAAAAAACUGCCUUUUCUCUGAGAUCUUCGGCUAGCAUCUUUGGCCAGAUCGGAACCUCUGACCAUUGGCAGGAGGAUAUCAUCAAAGUCAAAAAGAACACAAAGAACUAGGAGAAAGAACACUGGAAGGUUGCAGAGGAAAGACAAACCAGUCCUUGGCAGCCAGCCUGUAUCCGCGCGUUUAUCCUCAGGAUGCCUUAACGCCGACGGCCGAUCGCCCUCCUCUAAAUCUUCUUCGUCGUCUUUCUUUUUGAAUUUUUCCCCUCCUUGAAAUGCCGUGGUAUCCGCUGUUAUUUUUGCUACUUGUUGGUCAAACGAGUGCCCAGUUUGGAGAGAUUGCGUCCCUGGCAACAUCUUUGCUUGGCAGUGGAUUGGGAGGUGCUUUGGGUAGGUUCCAAAGAGCUUCUUGAGACUUUUUUGCAAAAUUCAGGUAGUGCUGGAGGACUUGCCGGUACUGCCGGCAGUGCUGCCGGAGCAGCUGGAGGCGUUGGAAAUGCCAUUUCUCAAAUUGGGCAGCGUGAGUGAUGCAUGCAGCUGUUUGCUUUUGACUAAGGAAAGAUUUUUGCCAGCUGUAAACUGUCCUCUAAAGCUGUUUCAAUUACGAUAUAAAAAAAAACACAUAUAAAGAACUCAGUUUGAGCUGAAUUACCGUUAAAUCAUCUUAGAACUAUUUUGAAUUACUGUGUAUUCGUAAUUUUUUUGAACUUUUAACCAUGUUCGGGAAAUUUGUUUUCCAUUUUCAAUAGUUUGCAUCUAAUGAUUUAUGUUCUUAUCGUCAAAAGCUUAUCGGCAAAAAUUCCAGAUUUCUGUCUUAGAAAUAGAAGAAACCCAAUUUUCAAUAAAAGUUUCAAUUAUUCUUUUUUCAUCCUUAUUUUCAAAAUCUUUGAACUUAAAACUUCACAAAAAACCUACAUUUUAGUCUAUCAACUGGCUCAAGGAGCUCUACAGCUCACCGGAACCGGAGUGGGAGUUCUGAACCAGGCGUCAGAAGGCAACUGGUUCCCAGCAGUUCUCGAGCAGACCGCCAAAAGCUCUCGUAAACUAAUUUUUUCGUUGGAUUCAUCUCACAUCCCUUUUAGAUGGUCUCAUGGGAGGUCCACUGAGCCUUGGAGCACUGGGUCCUAAACCAGCAACUUCUUCAGCCAUCGGAUCAGAAUUCGGGACAAGUUCGUUUUGCAUUUUUUUUUUUAACUAAAACAUUCGAUCGCAGGUUUCCCAGCACCAGAAGUUGACGACUACAAUGAAAACACUCAGCUUCCUACUGCCGAAAACAAGAAAAAAGUUGGCUUUUUUUUGCUUUUUCUUCGUUGAAGAAUUUGUUAAAAAAAUCAGAAAUAAGAGCCGAAUUUGUGGUCUCUUCCAUUGAAACUCUCUCUUUUUUCGUGAUACUUUCGAUUGUGUUAAUGUAAAUGAAACUAUGAGAAAGUUCGUUGUCCAUAUUUAUUCUCCAAUUUUCGACUUUUUCUUCUUCUUUUCAUAGCUUUGACGAUAGGAAUCUAGUGGAAAAAUUUUUCGAAAUUUAACGCUAACUAUUUGCAAUUUUUUUCCUUAUAAAAAUCGAAUUUUCAAUGAAACUUUCAGGGCCCAGAGACGCCAGACGGACUUGUAGAUUUUGGUUUUGGUGACUAUGACCUGGACAAAGAAAAGUCCACAACCACUGAAGCGACGACAACAGAAGUGGUGACGCUUUUCCCAACAAAUGUUUGUUUCUGAAGAAAUCUCAAAUUUAGAUUUAUAAGACGUGUGCUUCAAUUUAUUACAUUUUUACGACAAAGAUUUGAUGAAAACCAAUAGUUGAGCCUCUCAAAAAUUCCAUCACGUGAUACUGAACUCAAUUUUUGCAUAUUUGCCCGAGAUAAAUUUCGCAUCUCAUUUGGCCAAGCACAGAAUCGUCAAUCGGAUUAACUUCUCCAUUUAUCUUUGACGUCAUCCAUUUUGAUAUUGAUUUUUCCGAUAUGUACAGACUGAGCCGACCACUGAGCCACCAACAACUUCUGAGCCCACGCGACAAAUUCGUAUCCAGCUCCCCCCGAAGAAGAACACAGAGACGAAAACUGACGUUGAUUAUGAAGAACUGGUCAGAAUCUGAGAAUCAUUGAAUCAAUCGAUUAGAAGUUUCCAACACACAAGUGUUGCUCGAUAUUAGUUCUUUUAUAAGCAUAAGUUUCAAUACAGUCUUUUCUCGUAGCUUAGGAGGGUGAAAACAUUCCACUAUCAACAACUGAAGUUUCAGAUCGUCACCCGUGAAAAGACAGACGCUGCCAUUACCGACAAUCGGAUAGAUAUUGCUGAAAAUAUUGAUGUUAGUGGAACUUUUUCUUUCGUUAAGUAUUCUCUUCUCAGGAGCUCAAGCAUAAUGUCGUGGCCAACGGAGCAAAAACUAACAAACCCGUGCCGAAACUCGAUCGUCUGGUAGAAGUUCUGAAAAAGAGCAAGCUGAGCAACAAGGAAAUUCAAGAAAUCGUUUCUCAGGUAAAAAUUCGAAGUUAUUCUGAUUCUUAUAAUAUUUUGACAGGUUGAAGGCAACGGCAGAAUAGAACUUCCACCGAAAAUUGAUUUCAACUCGGCCGUACAGAAUAUUCCUGAAAAGAAGCAAGUGAUCCGAGAGAAAAUCGCCGUGGCUUCUCGCACAAUAAACCAAAAUUUUGAGAAUCAACAAAAAACACAGAAAGAGGUUUUCAACUUUUUGAGUUGAUUAUUUUCACAAGUUCACUUUAAACUUUGUAGAACCUCGACGAGCUCAAAGUUGUUCCUGAUUUGGCCAGAUCUAACAGAAACGCUCCGCCUCAAUUGCCAGUUACUCAACCGGUAAAUUUGAAAAAAUAAAAGGAGCUUAAAGUUUUUUGGUUUGAGCUGUGAAAGCUAUUUUUCACAUUUUCUAUAGUUUCAACAAAGCAAAUGGGCAAAAAACAAUUCAUCUGUUUCUUUAUUGACAAAUAAGGUUAUUUUACUUUGCGGUUAGAGACUCCUUGAAAUUUGCCAUAUUUUUUUUGGAUGUUCCGAAAAAUGAUCAGAUAGUCUCAUCCUGCAAAAUGUCUUGGUUUUUGGGAAAUAUAACGCCAAAGUCAAUGCAAACGCUCAAAAUUUCUGAAAAAUAAGUCUAGAGGCUAUGGCCGCGUAUUUUUCGAAAACAAGAAAGUUGUGCAAGGGGAGUGUUCCAGGAUCUAACAAGAUCCUAUAAGGAAAAAACGUGGCUAGUUCGAGAGAAUUUUUCCAACCGGAAAGUAUAAUAGCCUCUCUCGUGGCUUCUGUUUUCUUUUGAAGAUUGCAUACAAUUUUUGAAAGUGAAUACCGGAGACAUUAUCUCUUUUCUUCGUCUUUGCCGCAUCAAAAAUUUUCAAUCAGUCCUCCCCGCGCAAUCUUCUUUGAAAAUCCUCAUGAGGAAAAAAAAAAUGAUGAUGAUAAGGAGAACCAGGUGCAAAGGGCUUUGUCAUUUGCAACCCUCUCCGCUGAAACAAGGGCUACUUCAAACCUUUUUUUAAUGAGGUCAAUGCAUUUCGCACUUUCAUUCCUGCCGCCACAGUUCUUUAGGUUAAAGUAAUUUUUGCAAAACGCAUGUUCUUGAUACGCGAACCUAAACUCAAAUUACAAUUGAGCAGUGAUAAUUUUUCAGGUAGCUCCAGCUCCUGUCGCGUCUCAUCUCCCCGGUCAACUUCCAACUGCACCAUAUUUCCAGCCACAGGUAGCUGAUAAUGAGAAACAAAAGCUAUUGUCACUGUAAAGCAGGUUCAACACCCGCAAGUCUUGCAGUCGUAUUAUGCCCAAGGACCAUACCAUCAGCAGGUGAUUCGAUCAGAUUCCGACCGAAUGGCGUCUCGGCGCCCGGCCGUACCAGUUUUUGCCCACCGAUAUCACAUUAUCUUCUCAGGCUAACGUCUACACACCGUCGGCGGCGUGGACCCAUCAAACGGCGCUCCCGACGCCUCAUGCCGCGAAUGUCGCUCCGAAUGGCCAGCCACAGGCGGGUCAUGACUUUUCGAGAGGAUAAGAUUGCCAAAGAGCAAAAAAAGAUAUAUCCACGCUAUCCAACCUCAAAAGGAAAAAGAUCGCAUGUUUCUCCUUUUGAAGCUUCUACAGCAUAUUCUAGAAGAAAAAAUUUUUCGAAUAGUCUAAAUUUUGAAAGAAAAAUCUUAACGAAAAACUUCAGGCAAACAUAAAAAGAAUUUGAUAGCGUUCAAUUUGAAGCUUAAAUUAUUCCGAGGUAGUAGAAGGAGAAGUUCAGAUUAUAUAAUAUUCGUAUUUUCAUUCAGCCAAAAAAACGAGUAUUAUUCUAUUUAAGCUACAUUUCAAACUAUUUCAACUUAGUUGAGUCAACCUAUAUUACAAUAUUUUCCAGAAUUUAUUCAAGACCACGGAAAAAAGUUCGAAAAAAACUUGAUGCGGCUUUCGAAUGAAAACUUUCCGAAAUAUUCUCUUCUUUUUCUUGACUUAAACUUUUAUCAUCAUUAAUCAUUUCAGAACUUCCCACCUCACAACUUCUACCAGCCUUAUCCUGGUUACCCAAACCAACAGCAGCUGGUGCACCCAAAUUUCCUUCACAACCAUCUCCAGCAUCCAUUGCUCGCUCACCAUCAACUCGCCCAUCAACAGCAGUCCCAACUCCCCCAACAUCAAACUGUUCAGCCACAAAACCAACCACAACUGCAGCAGCAGUUCCCCUACAGGACACAAGGAUAUCAACAAUUGCCGCCUCAACAACAAGUUCAGCAUCAUCUUCCCCAGCAAAACGUUCACCAACAAACUCUUCAACAGAAUAUUCACCAGCAGCUUCCCCCACAAAAUGUUCAACACCAACUUUCCCAGCAAAAUGUUCAGCACCAGCUUCCUCAGCAACAAAUUCAACAGCGAAUCCCUCAGCAAUAUGUUCAACAACAACAAGUUUAUGUCCCAGCUGCCCAUUUACAGUGAGUUGAAUUUUCUUUCAACGGAAGUUUGACAUUUUCAGAAAAACUGAAAGGUUCCACUGGGAACAAGGAAAAUGAAUUUAGAACAACAAAAGGCUUACAAAAUUCUUUCGCACCAUUUUUGCAUUUUUUUUAAAAAACUUCAGUGGACAUACUCGUCAUAGUGUUCUACACACGCCUUAUCAACGGGAAUAUGAUGAAUUUUUAAGAAGCUCCGCAAGAUUUUCAAAAAAGGAGUUUUGAAAAGCAGCUUUUGAGCACAUAGUGUGAGGACUCAUAUUCGAAGACAUGUUCAAACUUGUACGUAAAUGGUUAUAAAAUUCUGUAAUUUUUUCAAAAAUUUAAUAAACCAAAUGAACGUCCUGAGAAUCGAAAUAUGUAAUUUCAUUGGGCCUUUAUUAUUUGCUUUGACUUUGAAUUUUUUUUGUAAAAUUGAGAAGUUUUCCAGUGUGAGGGUUUAAGAAUGUCUAUUUUUACAGUAAAAAGUAUUCGGACUGAUUUUCAGCGUAUUCUAGAGUACAAAGUAAAAAGUCCUCUUUUGUCGGAAAAGUGUUCUCAUGAGAAUUUUUGUUGAGAAACUGAUCUACAGGCAAUUUUUAUAGAAUCAAAAGAUCCCUCCUCUUAUAAUUCUGUGUUUUCCCGUCCUCAGACAGUUUAUCUCGAUCUUACACUUUUUCAGGUCCGUAAACGGUGACGUGCACCAUCAAAAGCCGCCUGCUGCCUUAGGCACGAACCUGCCGAACAAAGGUGAUUAAAUGAUGUGAUUUUAACAAUUCCAAGUUGCAGCAGCCCAAUUCGCGACCCCGACGCACAAGGUCGCCCAGAGAGCGUUGCCUAAUCCUUCGCGUCUCCCUGCCGCCGGCGCCAAAGUGAUUUCAGCAUAGUCGAAAUGUGUAACUGUUUGUUUAUCAGAACUUGCCGUCCAACUUGCCCAAACGGAAGACUUUAACUGGAUACAGCAACCAGCGAGCUCCUCAGGUAAGGAACGCAUGAAUUAAAUUGUACAGUGAUGAGCUUCACCCACUUCGUCCUGACUGAAAUUCCAGACUUCAAAGGUCACAGAGUGAAACGAUUUUGAACGAAAAGGCUUAAUAAAUUUCAAAUAGAUGUUCAUAUAUAAAACAUAAAGGAGACUUAUUGAAAACUGCUGCAGGAAUGAAUGAAAUCUCGAGAAAAGUUCGCACUCACAUUUGAAAGUCCCUCAUUUUUCUCUCACUGAAAUAAUAUUCUGUAAUUUAUUCGCCUUCAAUUUUAGACGCAAAGCAAAAAAAUUGACACAGCGGAAGUUUUUUAAAGCUUUAUGAACAAAAUCGCACAAUUCCGGUGUGAAUAAACUCAUUUUGGCAAGUAUUUCACAUCAUAGCCUACGUGUUAUAAAAGUUAAUUUGCACGUUUUUCAGCAGUUCCGCUCCUGGACGGAGUCGAUCUCUCGGACGACUCAGAGGCCAGACUCCAAGCUGUAUCCAACUCCAAGACAGCGAUUCCUCGCUUCCACCCCUUCUCCGACAACUUUCAGGCAUUCGAACUGA